CUCUGUGCUGUUGUUUUCUCGUUGACAACCGUAGCAAGUACCCGGCGAGUCCAGAACUUUCCUGGUGGAGAGCGUCGCUGUGUAUCCUGUAGUCAAGCACAGGUGGCGAUCCUCGGGCGGCUCCGUUCUUCUCUGUAGGAUCGUUUCGUAGUGUUUGUUUGCUGAAGUUGAAUAGAAUUUUUGAUCGUGGGUACAAUGACAGAAGCCGCAGAAUAUCGGUUUUCUGAUAGUUACAUCACUGAAAAUCCACAAAGAUCUUUAGAGGAGCUGACAAAGGCGCUGGAGGAGAAAUCCGAUGAUGCAGAAUCCUUCAGCCAAAGAGCUUAUGCUCAUAUUCUUCUUCAGAAUUAUAACGAUGCUGUUUUGGAUGCGAAGAGGUCCCUCGAGCUCCAGCCUAACAAUGCAAACGCUUUCCUCAGGAUGGGGGAAGCCGAAUUUUACUUAAAGAACUACUCUGCUGCACAAGACACAUUUAAACAAGGCCAAAGAUUAAAUUCUUCUUCUUCGUUUUUAUCAUGGAUCAAGCUAUGUGAAGAAAAAUUGAAGUGUUCAUCAUGUCCUGUACCGCAGUCCACUAAUACAGGUCAGAAAUUCAGACAUGACUGGUAUCAAACAGAAUCCCAGGUCAUCGUCACAGUAAUGAUCAAGAAUGUGCCGAAGGAAGACGUACACAUGCAGUUUGCUGAGAGACAGUUCAGUUUAAAUGUGAACCUUCCAUCGGGAGAACAUUACAACUUGACACUCUACUUGUUUCACUCUAUUGUGCCAGAACAAAGUACAUUCAAAGUACUUUCAACCAAGAUUGAAAUAAAAAUGAAGAAAACUGAAGCUCUCCGAUGGGAUAAACUAGAGGGCCAACCUGAGCCUCAUGUAAAACAAUUCACACCAGAAUUCAUGAACAAAUACCCAUCAUCCUCUCAUUAUACCAAGAACUGGGAUAAACUGGUUGUCGAGAUCAAAGAGGAGGAGAAAAAUGAAAAACUGGAGGGGGACGCUGCACUAAACCAUCUCUUUCAGCAGAUUUACACAGACGGCAGUGAUGAAGUGAAACGCGCCAUGAACAAGUCAUUUACGGAGUCUGGUGGUACAGUUCUUAGCACAAACUGGUUAGAUGUGGGCAAAAGAAAAGUAGACGUUAAUCCUCCAGAAGACAUGGAGUACAAGAAGUUCUAACGUUUGUCCCAGGAGCGCACUUAAAUGGAAGUCUACAUUUAUCAAAACAAUCUGGUGCCCAACAACUGGUUGUUGAGUCUUUUAUGCCCUUGCGCUGGUUGUUUGCUUUCAGCUGCUCUCCAUCACUCCGAAUGUCUCAUCGAGAAUGCUUGUGUUCACUGCUUCUGUUAAAUGUUGCAAAGGAUUGAGUCACAAGUCUACCUUAUCCAUUAUUUCUGUGCUGUGGGUAUGCACAACCCUUCUUAAUGCGCAUUGAGUUAUUUUAUUAGUACUCGGGGUGGAAACGUUAAUCACUUCUGACAAGAUGUUGUACAUUUCUCACUAUGACCUACUGUUUGCCCUUUUACCAACUGCGAAAUAUAAAUAUACUUUUUUUU